AUGGCCUCGAGCGCACCAUUCCACAAGUUCCUCUGGGUUGCCAUCUGGGUCGGCUUGGGCUUUUUCUCAGUCGCCGCGAAGCCCAUAGGAAUGCCCGCUCUCGGUCCGCACCGAUACAUCAGCAACUUGUCCAAUAUCAUGAAUGCUACAGGAACCCUGUACGAUGAGGGUUUCAACGCUGUCGAGGAUCACCCACCAGCAACUUCGAUCGUUGAAAUGCCUGUGUGCAUUGAUGAUGACCGCUGCGCUUCAGGCUGCAUGAUCACCGACGCCCCUCCGAAAGAGCUCACACUCACCUGUACAACUCCGUCGGACUGCUCCCUUCAUGACAAAGGCGUAGACGCGACGUACUCUUGCCACUCCCAGGGCAUCAAAACUGCAAAGUUAAAGGAUCUUGAUCCCAUCCCGACCGUCAAGAUCAUAGCGCCUUUCAGUCCCAGUUUGUAUCAGGAGCAUGAUACACCUACGACUGAUACAGAGCAGCCUGGAAUGAUCAGCGCCAUUGACACGACCAAUCCCACUCCCUUUUCGGCCCCCGCCCCGAGCCUGGAAGAACAAGUCACCAUCACAAUGAAGUUCGUCCAGACUAAAGUCGAUGAGCCCGGUGGACAGGUGGUGGCACCUGACCCUACAGAUGUACCUGACCCAGUACCUGGACAGCAGACAGUGUACAUCACGCUCUCCGAUGACCCAGACGCCUCAACCGCGAUCUACCCGUCCGCCAUCGCGCCUGCCAAGGCCGAGCCGGAUUACACCAAUGACCCCGAGCCUAACAAGGCCGUCAUCAUCCUCGGAUCCAUUUUCGGAUUCAUCGCGGCAGUGGGCCUCGCGGUCGUCUCGGUGGACCGUCUGCGCAAGCGGCGGCGAGAGAAGCGCCAGGAGCUCCAGGACAGCCAGCAGGAACACCACGACUCGAUCUCGAGCGCCGAGGACAUGUCGGAGCUCCUGUGGCAACAGCAGCAGACGUAUGGAUACUACGGCACGCAGCGGAUCGCGAGUGGUGGCAUUGUCCCGCAGCAGGUGGAGAUCGUCCCGGCUGGCACUGAGCCUGCUGAGCUUCCCACCCCCAAGGAGGAGACGGUGGAGAAGGAGCGGCGCGAUGACCACUAG